CUCUCUCUAUAUAUAUAUAUAAAGGCCUUUCGAUCUCUUCAAACCCUUGACUCUCUCGAUCGAAGGCUUGGAAAUCUUGCAAAGCCAAUAGCGUAGAUCGCAAGCUUCGUCGAAGAAGAUGUCGUGGCAGACCUACGUCGAUGAGCAUCUCAUGUGCGAGAUCGAUAACCAGCGUCUCACCGCCGCUGCCAUCCUCGGCAAUCAAGACGGCAGUGUUUGGGCGCAGAGUGAAUCCUUCCCCGCGGUUAAGCCUGAAGAGAUAACUGGCAUUGUGAAUGAUUUUAAUGAGCCUGGGUAUCUUGCUCCAACUGGCUUAUUCCUUGGUGGUACAAAGUACAUGGUGAUCCAAGGCGAGGCUGGGGCUGUUAUUCGUGGCAAGAAGGGAUCCGGGGGUGUCACUGUGAAGAAAACCAGUAUGGCCUUGAUCAUUGGCAUUUACGAUGAGCCAAUGACAGCUGGGCAGUGCAACAUGGUUGUUGAAAGGCUCGGUGAUUAUCUUAUUGAGCAGGGCUGUUUAGAAUCGGUAUUGCGCUAUUUUAUGAUUUCUUUUCCAUCCUUUGAAGGUCAGGGUUUGUAAUAUGACAUAUGCUGUGCUUACAAUGCUGCAACAAUAAUCAACUUGAAAUAUGUGGGUUAUUUGUUGGUCAUUUGGUAACUUAUAUAUUGGGAUGGUGAGUUUUCCACCUUUUGGCAAGGGGGAUUAGUCUCAAGCUGUGUGGUGAGUACUUGUGUGUGUGUGUGUGAGUGUGAGAGAGAGAGAGAGAGAGAGUUUGAAGUUAAAAAUUUGUGCAGGGUGGUCUUGCUUUCUAUUUGCAUGCUGUUUCAUUGGUGAUCUCUUGCCAUAUUUGUGAUAAAAAGUAUGUCUUCUUUUGUUUUUUAAUGAAAAUGAUUGAACAGAUGAUUUUA